UGAGAGAGUGAGAGUGUGAGAGAGAGAGAGAGUGAGAGGAGUGAGAAGAGAGAGAGGAGAGGGAGAGACGUGAGCGGCGGCGACGACAAAACGGCAACGAUGGACGCGCUCCGGCGCCUCUACGUGGCGCUGUGCACCGAGGGGCGGCAGGAGCCGCUGGACUGCGUGCUGAGGCAGAUGCGGGAGGACGGUCCGAGCGAAGGCGGCGGCGGCGGUGGCGGCGGCUCGGAGGGAGCGCGCCUCGACCUGGCCGGGCAGGGCAUCCCGGCCGACGCCUGCGCCGUGCUGGGACGGGCGCUCGCCGACGACUCCCUGUUCGCGGAGCUGUCGCUCGCCGACUGCAUGCUCAGCGAGGAGGGAGCGGCGGCGCUGGUCCAGGGCCUCUGCUCCAACGUGAGGGUGCGAGUGCUGGACCUGAAGGGGAACAACCUCCGAGGCAGGGGAGCCGAGGCCUUGGCCAAGCUCCUGCGACAGAACGGCAGCAUCCAGCGGCUGAUCCUCGAGUGGAACUCGCUGGGCGUGUCGGACGCGAGCUUCUCGCUGCUCGCCGAGUCGCUCGGGGUCAACUCUUCGCUGGUGCAGCUCGACCUCCGCAACAACCAGAUCGACGCUCGUGGCGCCGGCGACAUCGCCACCGCCCUGCGGCGAAACGGGACCCUGCAGGAGCUCGACCUGCGCUGGAACAACCUGGGGCUGCUGGGAGGCCGCGCGCUGCUCGAGGGCCUUCUGCAGAACCGCGCGCUCGUGCGACUCGAAGCGGCCGGCAACAACAUCCCCAGCGACAUCAUCAAGGCCAUGGAGCAGGCGGUGUGCCGCACGACGGAGCGCAACGCCAGCGCGCGCGAGGCCCAGGGACGCACGCAGCUGCUGACGCGCGAGAUCGGCCACCUGCAGCACGAACACAAGAAGCAGUUCCUGGACCUGAUGGACACCAUUGAGAGGCAGAAGGAAGAAAUGGCUCGGUCUAACAGGACUUCUGUGUCUCGCCUUGGUCAGCUCCACAGCGCCUUGGACGAGAGAAAGUCCGCUGUCGACGCGCUUACGGCCAGGCUGCAGAUGUCGGAAUCCAACGCGAAGCUCGGGGAGCAUCGCGUGCGCGAGCUCGGCGAGCUGCUGCGGCGCACCGACGACGAGAGGGUGACGGCGAAGAAGACGUACGCGCACACGCUGGCGCGGGAACGCGAGGAAUGGAGCCGCAGGGAGGGCAAGCUGCAAACGGAGCUGAGCACAGCGCGGGAGAACAACAUCGAGCUGCAGCACAAGGCGGCCGAGCUGGAGCGCAGGUGCCACGUUCAGCAGGAGCAGAUCUUCCAGCUGAAGCAGGACCUGACUCACAGCGCCGCCGACCUGCGCCUCCGAGUCACGCAGGCCGAGGAGCGCGUCGAGGAGGAGAAGAAGCGAUUCAAGCAGAACCUUGAAGACGCCGAGAGCCUUCGUCAAAAAGAGGUGGAGCACAUGAACCGCCACCUGUCCGAGUCGGAGAGGUGUCUGCAGGAGCGCAUACAGAGGCUGGAGAACACCCGCUUGGCGCUGGAGGAGGACCUGUGCCAGGCCCGGGCGGCGCUCGUGACGGAGCGAGCGCGAGCCGAGGAGGAGCUCGCGAAGGCGCGGAGCCAGGCGCGUCACGAGGAGCGCCAGCGCACGACCCAGCUGGAGGAGCGGUGCCGACUGCUGGGCCUGGCUCGUGAGGAGGCGGAGGCUCGCGCCGCCCAGCACGCUCAGGCGGCCGCCGACGCCGGCGCCAGGAACGCGCGGCUCCUGCUCGACGCGGAGGCGCUGAAACGACGCGCCGAGGAGCUCAGCCAUGAGCUGGCCGGGAAGCGGGAGGAGGUGGCGGGGGAGGUGCAGCGCGUCCGGCUCGAGAUGCAGGAGAAGAUCGGACACCUGGAGGCGGAGAGGACGCACCAGGAGGGCCUGCGCGAGAAGAUCGCCGCUCUGGAGCGACAGCUCAAAGGCCAGGCGAGCAGCCACAGGGAGAGCUUGCGGGACCGCGACGCCGAGAUCGCGUCGCUGCGCGAGAGCGUGCGCGCUCGCGAGGCGGAGGCGACGCGCGCCAGGGAGGAGGAGGCCCAGCGGGCCCGUGGGCUGCAGGCCGCCGUGCUCACCUACCUGCACGGCGCGCCGGCGCUGUCGCCCCUCGCCGCCAGUGCCCACGCGCGCACCUGAGCCGAAUUUGCGGGGGCGCCCGUGGCGAAAGGCGGUUGGCGUAGCAGCGUGGUUAGCAUUGUGCCCUGGUGCAGCGAAUUCAGAAUCAUCACAAUCUUGACUUAGACUGGAGGAAUCCGAUGACCUAUGGAGCUCUUUUUCACAGAUGUACAGUAUGGGCAGGUGAGCAAGUUACAACAGCAAACAAUACAAAAAGAAUGGUAGGAAUUAAAUAGUCGCCCACCCCCUCCCAUACCCCACUCCUAUGUAAUAAUAACAACAACAACUUAUUUAUCCAGGUAAGCCACACUGAGUCGUAUGACUCUUUUUGAGGAGGGUCCUGCAUUGGGUGAUUAUUGAGGACGUUUUCAGCCAAUUAUUUACGAGUUGUGUUUAUAUGCGGGAGACUGGAGCGCCCGAAAAAAAAACCCAUCCACGCCUUACGCGAGGGGGCAACACUCAAUCCCCGUGCAGAUGGACAGACGGCGAUAAAGUCCACCUGCUGUACUGCCUUCUCCUGGCAUGCCAGGGUACGGCAACUUCCUCGACGCCCCACGGGAAGGGAGUUUCACAAACUUUUGUGCGGCGAUCCGUCAUCCCUCACUGCUGCCUCCACAGUGCCUCUUCGUAGCCCAGUGCCUGUCCCCCUUUACUACGGCCCCGUGGGCCUCUGUGCAGUUGCGCCACCUGCGCGCUGGCCCCGCCCACCCUCGCAGGCAGAGCCGACCCCAGGGUACGGCGAGUCGGGGUGACCUCCCCCCCCCCCCCCCCCCCACCGCACCUCGACAUCACGGCGUCCAGACGUAAUACUACCGGCGUAGGGGGGGCCCGGGCCCCACACCCCCCCUCCCCUUCCCCUUCGACGGUCCUGCUUGUGGGCAUAAGUUGUAGGUGGACGUAGCCGGGACCUGGUGGACGCUCGGAGGAGACCGCUAUCGGAAAUGGUCUGUGGGUGUUGCCAGGCCACUCGGCAAUCGUUUCUUCUUUGGCAAACAGAACCCACUGUUUGCUCGUUGUUUUUCCGACCUCUUAUCAAAUCACCAGGGCGACCGGGUUCUGCGGUCUUGAAAUUGAGUCACUGCAUGAACUGGCACGACGCAAUCUCAACUUCAAUCAGCCGCAAAAUUAUUUCGGCUCCACCGAGUGCACACGAGGCGUCGCCGACUCCAGGGAUGGAUCUCGGGGCAUAUCCCUGCCUGUUUCUGUUGCCCAAUCUAACCCCGACUAUCGCGAGCUUAAUAAGUCAGCCCACCAAAUGUGUUGGUUUGGCCGACACGGUCCCGGUGGUGUCACAACGUCAUUUCUCAGCGUCCACUUGAAACAUUUGCAAACAUUUUGGUUUUGUUGCCGGUUUCUCUAAAUGUCCUGGCCUCAUGCUAAACUCACGAUGCGGGCAGAAGGCGGGGCUACCUUGGUAGUGGGCGUUGCUACCUGGGUAGUGGGUGGGGCCUACAAGCAGUAGGUGGGGCCAACAUCUAAAAGAGUCAAAUAGGCCGCUCAACUGUUUAAGAGGCUCGUGGUUGAGUGGGCAUGGUCAUGAUAAAGUGGGCGGGUCUGACAAAGAGAAUGGCCUGCCAGCUCACCACGAGUCCUGGUUGAGCCUCUCAGAAAAAUUGUAGCCUCAGUUUAUCAAAUCGUGCCUCGGUCAUCUGCACUCAGCACUGCUGUGUAGAUGGACGAGAGUUGGUCGAUCCCAGGGUAAAUGAAAUUGGGUUCGCUCGAUUAAACAUCUUGAUCGAUUUAUCAAGAUGUUGAAUGAGAGCGCUGGUCACCCGAACACGUGUCAUGCCGACUCGUGCUCCAGCUGUUGACCAGCGUGGCUGAGUGAAUGUGCCGGUGGUGAUGUCACGCCUCCAAUGCUUAAGUGUUAUAAUUAACUAUCGAUUACUCGCAGGCAGAUUCACCCUGCUUGCAUUUUUUUUUUACAUGGGCAUGCUGGGUUCAUAAUCGGUCGCUGCUCGUCACUUGUUCGAGAGUUGGCGACUCAGCACCCACGUGAAUAGAAAGACGAUGGCAAGUAGAUACAGUAUUCAAAGAAGCAAUAAAAAAAUCAGUCGGAUGUUCUACACAGGUAAACAACACAUACACAACGAAUACGACGCGCUCAACAACACGCAGUGCUUUACACCGAACACAUGGCAGAACUGUCCCAACACCACAACCGGCGAGAAUCCACACAUUCACUAAUUUUGUCGCCAAAUUUACACGUCUUGCGUUAUCCGCGUUGACCACUUCUCAGGGCCCACACCAACAUUACCCCGGGGGAUACCUCUCGGGUUCGACUGCACUCACAAAUAAAGCCACCAGCCUCUGCUUGGCAACAAAAUGAGAGUUUGUGUCUGCUGGGCCAGACCUUGCCAUAGCUGCGGGGGGUUAAAGUUCACAAAAACAUGGCCAAUGGUGUUUUGCUGUCAACGCGGACAAGUUUUUUUGUAUGAAUUUCAGUGGUUUUUUUAAUGUCCAGGGUUGGGGGCGGGCGGCAUGAAAUUUGUGUUUAUUCCAGGACUUAUUUUGUACAUUGAAUCAAAAGGUAAUUGUCAAUUUUUUUACUUGGAUGUUUUUUUGUUUUAAAUGUGUUUUAUGAACCUUG